AGCACUGCAGAAGCAGGCGAGUUAGCGAGUGUAUCGAUUUUACGAUCGUGUCUCUCGCGGUUAGUUUGUCCGUUUUGUUAGUUUUUAGUGGCCGUGCUUGUCGUACAUGGAUAAAAUUGUGAAUGGGAUUAUUUACUAGACACUACUCAUCUUACGUCCGUUGACUCUAAACUUGUUCAUCAUGACUAAGGAUAGAUUAGCAGCCCUUGUUGCGGCCCAAUCAGACGAUGAUGAAGUCGCGGACGAGGUAUCUGUCAAUGUGGGCGGGCAAGAAGAUUUCAUGACAGAAUUCUUUGCAGAGGUGGAAGAAAUACGUGAAAUGAUUGACAAUAUUCAGACAAAUGUAGAGGAAGUAAAGAAGAAGCACAGUGCGAUUCUAUCAGCACCUCAGACUGAUGAAAAGGUCAAAAUGGAGCUGGAGGAUCUCAUGGCUGAUAUUAAGAAAACCGCUAAUAAAGUUCGUGCUAAAUUAAAGGUGAUAGAACAGAACAUCGAACAAGAAGAGCACACGAAUAAAUCUUCAGCAGACUUGAGGAUACGCAAGACUCAACAUUCUACAUUAUCUAGAAAGUUUGUUGAAGUAAUGACUGAGUACAAUCGGACACAAACUGAUUACAGAGAACGAUGUAAGGGUAGAAUACAACGACAGCUUGAGAUCACGGGGAGAACUACGACUAAUGAAGAACUUGAAGAAAUGUUAGAGCAGGGAAAUCCAGCAGUAUUCACACAAGGGAUUAUCAUGGAAACGCAACAAGCCAAACAGACCCUUGCUGACAUAGAAGCUCGUCAUGCUGAUAUUAUAAAAUUAGAAAAUUCUAUCAGAGAACUUCAUGAUAUGUUCAUGGACAUGGCUAUGUUAGUUGAAAGCCAGGGUGAGAUGAUAGAUCGCAUAGAAUAUCACGUGGAGCACGCAGUCGACUAUGUGCAGACGGCCACGCAGGACACCAAAAAAGCACUCAAGUAUCAAAGCAAAGCCCGACGGAAAAUGAUCUUCAUUAUGAUCUGCGUCGUAAUAAGUGUCAUCAUAUUAAUCUCCAUUCUGCUAGCGUGCCUUCCAAUACCCUAAACGACCGAAAUAAAUGGAGAAAAAAAAUUGAUCCUGAUUGUAGUCUGCCUGACAGUGGCGGUCAUCAUUUUAAUUAUUAUUUUGGUUGAAACAUUAAGAUGAACAAGGAAACAAAACAAAAAAAAUACAAAGGAAAUACAGUGUCGAUGCAUUGCACAAAAUAAUUACACAAAUUUUCAUUUAAAAAAAAAGUUGCAAUAUACAUUAAUUAAUUGUUCUGUUUACCAAUAGACAGUUGAAACAAAGGGACAUAACUAAGGCUAGAUAUGAAAUGACGAAAAAAAUGUAGAAUAUCCUAAUUGUUAAAUCUCAGUCUCAUCAAAAACUGCCAAAUAUUAAAUAUUGUAGUUUUAAAUUUUUUUAUUUAUAUUCCAGACUAUAAUUUGUUUUUUUUAAUAAUUUAUUUAAACACUAGUCAAAAUUAUAAAUUAACAAUUUAAUUCAGUAUUUUUGUAUGAGAACUAGUCACUUUUUAUACAAUCUCUAUCUUCACUUUUUUUGAAACAUAAAAGUGAAUUAAUUUAGGACUGUAAUCUCAUACAUAAAAUUAAAAUAGAAUUUUAACAUUUUUAUAAAUAAUUUUUUUUACAUUUUUCAUAAAAUUUAUCUUUUAUGGAAUUAAUUUAUAUUUUUUUACGCAAAAGAUUUUGCUGUGAUUGAGAUAAAUAUUUUACAUUUUUUUCAUCAUAAUUAAUUUCCAAAAAAGCCGGCAAUAAAUUAAAAUUGAACUUGCACAAUGAUUUGAACGAAGCAGUAUAAUGCGAUACGUACAUUUGAUAAAUAUAACUUAUUGACAAAAAAAAAACCCCUUAAUCACUUAAUGUGAAAUGUAAAUAUGAAAGUUCAAUUUAAUAGUAAUAAAUAAUAAAUAAACGCGUGAAAGACAAAAGACAUAAUAAUAUUAUUGUAUAGGUACUUAUCAAAAAAUAAAAAAACUUAAAAUCAGAGUGCGAGUGAAAAAAAAAGGAUAAUUUUCAGGAUUGUUGAAUUAAAAGCAACAAAUGAGCUCGUAAUUUUUUUUUUCUCACAAAGUUAAUAGUGAUUGUCACGCCAAUAUACUCUAUACGAUAAACAAUAAAUGAAAUAAUAGAUACAUAAUAAUUAUUAAUUAUUAAAUAAAUUAAGAGUAAUUAAGUUAUAUUGACAUUAUAAUUUAUAGUAGAUUAAAUAAAUUGAACAAAAUGGUUAAAAGUAACAAUGAAAAACAUGUACUUAGUGUAGUUGACAUUUUACAGUCCAAAAAAUGUUCAUUUAUAUAAACAAUAAUGUACAUAAAUAAGAGUCAAAAAUGAUGUAUCACGUGAGGAAUAGUUGAUGAUACUUAAGAUUAUAAAAUUACUGCGACUGUUUACAUAAUGGAGGUGAAAAUGAGAGUAGUAACAAAAAAAAAAAUAGAAAACAAUUGAAGCAAAAUGAGAUUCAAGAACGACAACAGAUAUUGUACAUAUUUGCACUGUGUAUAUUGGGUCGAGGAUCAGUCUGAGUAAGUAUCGAUCAGGAAUAGAUGUUAUUAUGUCCUACUACUACUACUACUGUUACUAUUAUUGUUAUAUAUAUAUAUAUGUAGCUAACACACACGCCUUAGCACUCAUCUAACUUUAAUCCUUUUUGGAAUACAAAAAUUCCUUUUUCACUCCAGUUCAUCAAAUCGCAUGAGCUGAGCGAUGCGUACAUCAUUCGAUCCACAGUUAUCAUUUUUCUGUUUCAUAUCUUUUUAUUAUUAAUAAAAACCACGCCUUUUGUUUAUCAGCAACCGGUUGCUCCUGCAUGGAAAAGAAACAUGACUAAGUACUGUGAUACUCAAUAAUAUAUUAAUUCAAAAAUUAUUAAAGUAAAUUUAAACGUUAAUGAUUUUUAUGAGCACAGUUCUGGUGAUUUGUAGAACUUGUACUAUUCUAGACAGUGAUCAGUACUGUGCUCAUAAGAAUCAUUCAUAUUUAGAUUCAUUUUUAUAACAAUAGUUUUUAAAUCAAGAGAUUAGUAUGUAGCAUAGUACUGAGUCAUGUUUUCUUUUCUCUGUGCAAUUAUUCCAAGCAACAAUCAAACUCCAUGUUGUCAGCGAUGGAAGGUUGACAACGUUGAACUCCCAAUUGUUGACUUUAUGGCUUUAGCUGACUUGCUCACAAAUUCAUUUAACCGAAAGAUAUUUUUGUUAACUGUACUAUGCCACGGUGACACCAGCAGGAAAUAGUGUCUGCUUGACGAGCAUCGAAUCACUGUAGUGAUAAUCAAUGUAGUGAUGAGGGUAGACAAGUCUCUUACAAAAAUGUUUCAAUGAAAGGUGUGAUCGUUAUUGACAGAAACAAGAUAUGAAUCAAAUGAUGUACGUAUUGCUCAACUUGUCUAAUUUGAUAAACUGGAAUGCACUAGGGAUUUUUGCAAUUCAGGAAGGAUUAGAGUUAGAUGAGUGAUGAAACAUAGGUGUAAGAAACGUAUGUAUGUAGUUGAUGCUACAUAUACUCUAUUUUGUCACAGUAACUUGCUUGAUGUUUAUUUCGCUAACUUUAUUUUGUAUAUUAUUUAUAUUCGAUUUACAUUAAUCUGAUUAUGAAUUGUUAUACCAAAUGCAUGAGUAGGUUUUGUCUAUGAGCUUGGUAGAAAUAAUGCACUCCUGUUUACGCGUUAGCUCUUUGAAAUGUAUUUAUUUUAAAUUGAGAGAUUUAGCUGGAGCAAAGUGGAUUUGAAAUACAUACAUUUUGAUGUA